AUGAGACAGCAUGCCGCGCUAAAGGCUCAAACCAGCGAGGAAGGGCCGACGACGCGCGUGCUGGUGCUGGGGGAUUCCAUCACCGAGGAACUUCUCGGUACACGGGGCGGAAAGACCAGGCCAGACUGGGGGUCGCCCGCCGUAUGGAUGCGUUAUUACGCCGACUUGGGGUCCAUCAACCUCGGCGUGUCCGGGGAUCAGACGCAACACCUUCUCUGGCGGCUGCAGAACGGCGAGCUACCCGACUUGCUGCAACCCGAGUCUAUUCUUGUGGCCAUCGGGACCAACAACCUCGGGAAGGGCAUGGACGCGCAGGACACGGUCGGAGGAGUCAAGGCCGUCGUCAAGUACGUGCGAGAGCAAAGGCCCGACGCACUGGUGUCUGUGAUGGCCCUGUUCCCGAGAGCUGACCCCAACGACAAGAAAAACCCAACCCCGUGGCCGGUGAUCGAUGAGGUGAACGGAUUGCUGGAGCACCUGCUGAGGCUCAAGUUCGGCACGAAAAAGGUUCACUUCAUCGACUGCAAUGACAGGUUCUUGGCGGAAGAUCGGUAUGGCCGCGAGGUUCUCAACAAGGAGUUCAUCCUGCCGGACAACCUCCACCUCACCGGCGACGGCCUGGAUGCUUGGGCCGACUGCGCGGAAGCCGCGGUUCACUCUGGGCUAGGGGAAGGCCAACUUAGACAGUAGAGGGCCACCGUUGUCUUGCGUUUUGUAGUAUUUCCGUGCGUGUGUAUUGGACGCUCGCCUUUUUUCACGAUGAGCGGUACCGCGUACCAUGCGGGGAUUUGAACAGUACACGUUUUUCUUGUUUCCAACCAUAUCAACAAUGAGGUGGUAGCAGUGUCUGUAUCGCUCUCCACUCUCAAAACGCUACAUAUUGAAGCUGGUUACAGGGUAGCUGUUGCAAAGCUUCUGGUACAAGAUGGGGCAGUCGUGCUACAACAGUAGAGUCGACCGCGAGCCAGACGAUUUUGUGCUGUUCGUGAAAGUUAGUUGCUGACAUUGUUUCCCUUAUUUUUUCGUGUCGUAUGCGAGUUAUUCAUGUGACAGGCAUGCCUUAGUGAGAGUGCCAAAACGUUGCCCGUAGAAAACUGUACAUACCUUCCGACGUCGCCAAAGAGUUCCCUGUGUUGUUGUGCGUUGUGUCCUGUGACGAGAAUCGUGUUGCAUUGUUGUGUAUGUAGCGAAUAUUGAGUAUUACCACGUUUGCCUCCUGGGACAUCCUCCAGGAGACUAUUGUUCGCCCAUGUCUUCGGGGGGCAUGGGACGUGUGUUUGUCUAACCCGAAAGCCGUUUGCUGGACGCUUGAUGCUGUGUAGAAAAAGAAUGGCACCGUCGGCCUUGGAGAUAGGGGCGACGGGGAACGAAAUCCCGCAACCCCAAGGUUGACGUGUCUUUGACGUUGUACAUAGCUUGAUGCAGACGUCAUCCCACACGACGCAAGUUUCUGUUUGAAGGGCUUGGCAAGGCUUGGGGGCGACUUUUCGGGUGUGCACCAUGUAUUGCGCGUAACCUAUUCUUGUUUUUAUUAUCUCGACGGAAGAGAUCAUUUUUUUCGUGCUGUUAAUCUCUCUUCUGGCAACACUGUGAGGCGCUGCGGUUGCGCGCGCAGACCCCCGCGGAUGAGCGUGAGGUAACAACCGGACGCCUGAGCGAGCCAGUUGCCCCAGUUUCUUUUCCGGGUGACCGUUGGUGUUGCUGUAGGCGUACAUACCAGCAAGUGGAUUUCGUCUGCCCAGGGGCGAUCAUGUGGCUUUGUCUACACGGGGUAGGCACAAAUUUAUCAUCAAGGCUUGUUGCGAGAUUAUAGAUUCCCUCCGUCUUUUAGUGAGAGUCGUUGCUGUUGGUUUUCUGCUCUUCAUCGAGGAGAGCGGUUUGGAUUGUUCUUUUCUCCGUCUUCGUUCUUCAAAGAAAAUUCCAUCUCAGUUGUUUCGGUGCAAGCACAUAUGUAAACGAACGUCGACACCCGGACCU